AAGUCGGAGAAGAAGGCGAGCCACAAGCGCAGUGUUGGUGACCUAGCGAUGCACAUCGUUCACCCGGCAAAGCGGGACAGCCUCAAGGACGAGGACCUCCAGUCGCUCGUCCGGCUGUGCGGCAAGAGCAUGCUGUAUCUGCCGUCCGAGUACGCCCCUAGCUCGCUGGUGCUCCCGACCUGUUUCCGCGCCACGGCUCAGUACUUGGUUCAGCACGCUGCCGAUACGCGGGGAGUAUUUCGCAUCCCGGGCUCAGUGCGGGUGGUGGGGUCACUCUACGACUAUUACUGUGCCGAGGGCGACGCCAACGAGAUAUCAAGCACAAUACGGUGCCCAAACCUGCCGCAGCACAUCAAGGCCGGGACCCACGACGUGGCCUCGACGUUCAAGCGCUUCCUCUCGGGCCUCCCCGGCGGCGUUCUUGGCUCUUUGGCGCUGUUUGAUGCCUUGGUCGCUAUCCACAGCCAACUCAAAGGAGAUCCCGAAUUCACCAGGACAAAGCAGACUAAGCUCAGAGCGAGACUAAUUGCUCUGGCUAUUGGCAGUGUCAAGUCUCAGUUCCGCCGCGAACUGAUCUGUGCUGUUUUCGGCCUCCUCUGUCUUAUCGGCCGUACCGCUGAGAAGGCACCACGCGAGGACGAGCAUGGCAGGCCCCUGCCAACGGCUGACUUGAUGGGCUACAGCGCCCUCGGCAUCGUGUUUGGCCCUCUACUGGUGGGCGACCUGCUCAACUCGUACACGAUGAAGCUAGCCGAUCCCACGACGGGUCUGAUACUGUUUCCCGUCACUCCGCCCUGUGCAAAGCGGGAGCGGCGCCGGAGCAGGGCUGUAGACGAGACCAACCCCCGAGCUCUGACCGUGGACAAGAUCCACGUGGCAAAUAGCAUCACCGAGAUGCUCAUCACGCACUGGCGGGACGUGGUUAAGCAGAUGCGGAGCCUCGGGGUGCUAAAGACUAACAUGGACGGGCCAACCCUCGCGGAAAUACAGCAAGACAUACAGAGAGCGUCCCUGCGCCCUUCGGCUUCCGAGUCCUUUGUUAUAAGAAAACCGGCAGAAUGGAGUGCUCUGCGACCUCCCUCGGCGCCAUUUGCCAUGAGCGAGUCCCCGGCUCCCCCGAGCCCGACCCCCGAAGCCCGUGAGUGCGUCCCGAAGUCUGCUCGUCGUUUAACUUGA